CGCGUAGCGGCGGCGGUCCAACACGCCACUUCUCCCACAAGUCGUCCUUGCAGCUGCGGCGUCAAUCGCGAGUAGCAUCUUAUUACAGAAAAUCCUAAUUAAAGAACUCACCUAAUAGCAUAUAGAGGGUGCUCCCCUUGUUCGACAGCAAUGCGGAGCAUGGCGCUUCGCCCUUUCUCUUCUCGCCUUGCAUCACCAGCGUGGCAAACUACAUCGCUGCCUGUCCCUCAUCUCCAACGGCACACUAGCGGUGUCGCCACUGCCGCAGCCGGUCCUGGGCCCACUGGCAGCACAGCUCGUGGCGGAAAAGCCGGAGGCUCCGGCAGGGGAGGCGGCCGGGGGCGCAGUCCCGAGCGCGGCGACUCCGGGCGGUCUGAUGGCGGCAGGGGCUCCAGUAGUGGCAGCGGGCGCAGCAGCGCGGCCACCAGCAGGGGGGGGACGAGCCGAGGGGGCGGGGUGUCAAGAGGAGGCGGCAGGAGUGGAGGAGGUGAGGCCCGUCGCAGCGCUCCGGCCACCAGUGGGGCGGCUGCGGGCAGCGGCAGAGGACCCGCUGCGGAAGCGGCUGCGCUGAACCCCAGGGGCGAGAGGUCUUCACAGCAGGCGCAGCAGCAGCAACAGCAGCAGCAGCAGCACAGCGCGGGCGGUGGCGGAGCAUGGCGCGUGUACGGCGUAUCCGUGCCCGCGUGGAAGGACCCGGGGAAGGACGACAUCAGUGUCCACCCGGCCCUGCACGAGGCUGUGUGUUGGCGCCUGGGCGCCACGACCGCCCGCCUGCCGGCCGCCGCCAUACGGCUGGUGCGCAAGUCCUUUGACGCGCGCAAGGCCCAGGCGGCGGCGGACCCCCGCGGCGGAGGCAGGUCGGACGGUGGCGGCAGGGGCAGCCGCGACAGGCACUCUUCGGGGAGAGGCGGCAGGGCCGGACCCAGCCGGGAUGGUAACGGCAGCAGCGGUGGUGUCAGCAGUUACGGCCACAUCAGCGGCAGCAAGUCGUUUGUGUACGUGGUGGAUGUGGCGGCGGGCGCGGUGGCGGCGGCGGGAGUGGGGGCACACAAGCUGGUGCCGAGGUCGGGCCAGCUGGAGAGGGUGGGUCUGGAGGACUCGGCGGAGGACCUGGCGGCGGCGGCGGCGCGGCGCCAGCCCCAGCUGACCAGCCCGCCGCCGCCGGUGGGGGAUGCCGCGGAGCGGUUGCGGAGGGCGGACCCCGUGGUUGUGGUUGGCAGCGGCCCCGCCGGCCUGUUCGCGGCGCUAUCGCUUGCGGAGGCGGGCGCGCGCGUGGUGCUGCUGGAGCGCGGGCAGCCGGUGGAGCAGCGCGGCCGCGACAUCGGCGCAUUCAUCGUGCGGCGGCGGCUGGACCCCGACUCCAACCUGUGCUACGGCGAGGGCGGCGCCGGCACGUGGAGUGACGGCAAGCUCACCACCCGCAUUGGCCGCAACGCCGACCCCGUGCGGCGCGUGCUGCAGGCACUGGUGGACUUUGGCGCGCCGGAGUCCAUCCUGGUGGCGGGCAAGCCGCACCUGGGCACCGACGCGUUGGUGCGCAUCCUCAAGCGCUUCAGGGCGCACUUGCAGGCGGCUGGCGUGGAUGUGCGUUUCGGCGCUCAGGUGAAGGAGCUGGCGGUGCGGCGCGGCCGCUGCGAGGGCGUACGGCUCACAAGCGGCGAGGAGAUCCGUGCGAGUGGUGUGGUGCUGGCAGUGGGGCACUCAGCCCGCCCGCUGUACCGGACGUUGUCGGCGGCGGGGGUGCUGCUGACGGCCAAACCGUUUGCGGUUGGAUUCCGGAUCGAGCACCCCCAGUCCCUCAUUGACGAGAUCCAGUACGGCGCCGAGGAUGCGGCGGUCGUGAUGCGCGGCAAGGGCCGUCUGCCUGUGGCGGACUACUCCCUGGUGGCGGAGGUGAUGGACCGACUCACCACGCCCGCGGCGGCGGCGGCGGCAGAGGCGGCGGGGGUGGCGGCGCCCUGGAGCGAGUCCGCGGACGGCAACACAGCGCAGGCUCUGCGCGCCGCUGCUGCUGACGCUCCCGGCAUUGCGCCGCCAGUGGACGGGGGUGCCGACUGUGUCGCCGAGCCCAACGGCGGCGAGGGCGGCGGGGGCAUGACGGAGGCCUCCCCCUCCUCCCUCUCCUCCCCCUCCUCCGACAAGCGCGGCGUUUACUCGUUCUGCAUGUGCCCAGGCGGCCAGAUUGUGUCCACCAGCACCAACGAGCAGGAGCUCUGCCUCAACGGCAUGAGCUUCAGCCGCCGCAACAGCAUCUGGGCCAACGCCGCGCUGGUGGUGGCGGUUCGGCCGUCGGACUGGGCGCACCUGGAGCAGCAGCACGGCGCGCUGGCGGGAAUGGAGCUGCAGCUGGAGUACGAGCGCGCCGGGGCGGCGAUGGGAGGCUACAACUUCACAGCGCCUGUGCAGCGGGUCACAGACUUCAUGUCAGGCGACCUGUCUGUGGGCACGCUGCCCUCCUCCUCCUACCGCCUGGGGGUGCUGUCCGCGCCGCUGCACCAGCUGUACGCGCCGCCGCUGACGGAGGCGCUGCGGCAGGCGCUGCGGCGCUUCGACCGCCGCCUGCGCGGCUUCGUGACGGAGGCGGCGCUGCUGCACGGCGUCGAGACGCGCACCAGCGCGCCGGUUCGCAUGGACCGCGACCCCACCACCUGCCAGAGCGUCACCAUGCCCGGCCUGUUCCCGGCGGGCGAGGGCGCGGGCUACGCGGGCGGCAUCAUGUCGGCGGCCGUGGAUGGGCUGCGCGUGGGGGAGGCGGUGGCGGCGCACCUGCUGGCGCUGGCGGACUGAGCUGCUGUGCUGGGAAGGGGGUGUUGGUGUUGGUGUGCGAUGGGACAGUGUUUAGGGGGGUUAGUGGAUUCCGUAGGGUGCAGCUGAUUCCCAGACGCCAGCAGAUGGCAAACAAUUGCAACGGCAGGGCAGGAGUGCGCGGCUGGUCGAACGCCGGAGUUACUGUAUUGUACCGACAAGUUGCUGGCUCGCUGACUGGAAGUUUGCUGACGCGCAUUCCUCACGCUCCGGGCGUCCGGCCCGGCGGGGGUUGUGGUGGUGGUGGUGUGGUGCUGCUGAGACGGAAAGGAGGCAGGUGGUGACGCAUUUUGUAGGCGGACAGAGGUAGCUGCUGAGAUGUGGGCAGCCAGGGGAGGUGUGUAGGGGCUCCGACUGGAGCUGCCUUAAUGGAGCUCCUCUCGGCUCGGCUACCAUACAGAGCAUACACAUUCACAAUCGCCAAGGGCGAACAAGAAGUAUGUGCAUUUGCGUUCUCUUUAUCAUGCAGCGUUGA